GACACUGAAGUGGUUUUAUUAAUAAAACAUGCGUUAUUAGCUCAAAUGAAAGAUGAAGGUGAAAAAGCAGAAAUGUAUUUACAUCGGGCCCUUAAAAUAGCAGAUCAAGAAUAUGGUCUAAAAAAACUUUCUAAAGAUGAAUAUCUAAAAGCUAAGAUAUAUAUUUAUGAUAUUUUAGCCAAUAAUGCACUUACAAGACAAGAAUUUGAAAAGGCAGAGGUUCUGUUUAAAGAAACAAUGAAGGGGUAUUUAGAAAGCGGAAAGGGUAAAACUGAUAAUGCAAUGGUUGAAAUUUCGUUAAAAUUAGCAACAAUCUAUGCAAUGCAGCAACGUGAUCGUGAGGCUGUGCAAGGAUAUGAAUUUUGUAUAAACACUCAAAAGGAGAAAUUAACAAAGGAAUCAAAUGUUGAUGAGGACACAAAAGGGUUUUUAGGGAUGGCUUUAGAAGGAUAUGGACGAUAUUUGUUAUAUAAGAAACAGAUGAGUUUAUCAUUGACUAUGUUAACAGAGUCUCUUGAAGUAGCCAAGUCAUUGUUAGGAGAUUCUGCUGAGCAAACAUUAGUUAUAAUGAAUGAUCUGGCAACAGCUCAUUUGUUAAAUCAGGACCUUCAGAAAGCUGAGGAAAUAUUGAAAACAGCCCUUCGGAUUGCAGAGAAAUCAGAUUACCAUAUCAGUGCUACGUUAUAUUCUAACCUGGGAGCUGUUCAUCUCGGAAGAGCAGAAAUAUCAGAGACUGAAUCAGCCUGUAAAAAAAGUUUACUUCUGGCAACUAGAAAUUCUGAUCAAUAUGCAAUGCAACAAGCAAAUGAUUGUUUGAAAAAAGUUAAAGAACUUCGUAAGAGUUCAAAAUGA